AUGGUGUGCGAGUCCUCCCUGCACCGGAUGCGCGGAUACGUUUGUCAGGCAAUGGUGCAAAGACCGUUGAAGAGGACACAAACACCCCCACAACUACCACCACAACUGCCACCACCACCACCACCACCUCCAACCGCCUCAACUGCAGCCUACUGCGUAAACGCCUAG